GGAUGCCCACGGCAUCGAAUUCCCCGAUCACUUGCGCAGCAUCGGAGAAGCUUUACUGCUUAGCCUCCGACACGUGCAAGAAGGACGGGGACUGCUCCCAGUGCCCCGGGAAGACGACGGUGGACGCGGAGAAGCACACGUGCUCCGGCAUGCCCUCGGAGAAGGCCAGCGUCAGCUUCAAGGACACCGACAUGCAGGAGGGCUCGGUCGGCGGAGAGGUGAAGAUCACGAAGGCCAAGAACGAGUUCGACAUAGACAAAUACGUGCUGUACUGGGGGAAGGACUCGACGACGAAACUGGAUCCUCCCCUGAACGCGCUCGUUGGCGAGGUCAGCCCGACCGGGGGCGAUGCGUUCUUCAGCAUCCCGGCGGGCACGCCCUUUCCGAGCGCUGCGUCGCACCUGCUGGUGUUCUCCAAGAACGAGUACGGCGAGUACCUCACGCCGGGCAACGUGGCGCUGAAGGACGCCGUGGCGCCCAAGGCGAAGCCUGGGGGCAUCGUCUUCGAGGACGACGACGGCGACAAGGGGGAGCUCGGCGGCACUGUCACCAUCAACAGGGCAAGCGACGAGGAUGGAAGACAAGCUGGACGAGUACGCCCUGCACUGGGGCAAGUCGGCCACCAAAAAGAUCUCGUCCGGCUCCCUCAUCAAAGACAUCUCCAAGGGGACCAAUAUGCCCAAAGAGCCGUCUUAUUAUUCCAGGGAGCACAAAGAUCCCCGAAGGGGCCACACACAUGCUGGUGUACUCGAAGAACGAGUUCAGCGAGUUCCCCUCUCCGGCGUCCCUGAAAUUCAGGGACCCCGACAACACGAAGCCCUGCCUGGCCCCCGCGGACAAGGACUGCCCAGGACCGGGGUGACCCUCUCCGUGGACGAGGACCCCGACGAGAAGCAGGCCAAGG